AUGGUGGAGCAUGUAGAAAAAGUCACUGCCUCCAUUGAUAAUAAGGAACUGCUUAUGGAAGAGCGAAACUUCAUAUCUGCGUCUUAUAAAUUGGGUAAGAUUGAGAUUGAACUGUCAUCAAUCUAUGACGGUAUCUUGAAGCUGCUCGGCAUGAGGUUGAUUCCAGUAGCUUUCACUGAUGAUUCAAAGUGUCAAAGCAAUGACAGACAGUUUAUCGUCAAUGGAGGAGUUCUUGAAAGAGUGUUGGAAUUCAGAGGAUACAGCUUACAAGAUCAUGGCAUUCAACUUGAAAGAAUUUUUGGAUGCAUACCUCAUAUACUUAAUCCAAAUCCAGAUGCAAUGUCUAAAAUGAUCACAGAAAAUGCAAACACGGAGUUUCUGCAUUCAUUAAGUAGAUACUGUGCACUUCAAGGAUUUGUUAAGGAUCAGUUUGGUUCAGGUCUCAUUGCUAGGGCUGUUGAAUAA